AUGGAGCGCACACCAAUCCGACACGCCUCUCCUCUUGAUUCCCUCGUUCGCCGCGCAUCUUCUCGCAGAGCAAAAGCUAAAGCACACGCAAAUCUGACUGUAUCGGCACCCUCGACGCCCCCAAGGAUAGACGGCGUGCCAGGAAGCGCACAGCAAUCGCCACUGCUGCACACCCGCUUUCGAACGUCGACGACGACGUUCAACGACUAUGAGACAAUCGCUAGCGAUGCGCGGUCGAUGGCUUCGUGGAGCGCACGCGACGAGGCGUUCCCAGAACGUCGGGCGCCGCACGAGUCCGUCGCGUCUAGCUUCGACUUGGACGACAUCACUGCUCGCUACCGCGACUCCUGGCGCUCGUCCGACAUCAAGCAAGGCGCGCCAUCGCAGCCGCAACCAGUCCCGACCGUCGUCGUAUCUCCAAACGAGGACAAUGAGGUGGCAUAUGCGACGGUGUGCAAUGGGACGCGUGCGGGGCGCGCGCCCUCGCGUGUACAGUCUUCGGGCAACAUCAAUUUCUCCAGGCCAGGCCUUCCCCUUGUAGACAGGUCAGAAGAGCGCAAGCGGGAGGUGCUCAUGAGACACCAACAUCCAUCGCCUUCCGCCCCUCACGGGCUCAAGCAGGCUACGGACGUCCCUGGCGCGCCUGCACGCUCGGCUUCCCCCACAAGCGUGUAUUCCUCGUACUCCUACUACCCAUUGGACGCCGUAGGACAUCCUCCGGCAUCCGGUGCGUCCUCAACGCUCGGCCCGACACCGUACGCGCCCGCACAAUCACAUCAACUGUCUGUUGCGUCCGCACAACCGCAACGUCCACCCGUUGUCGCUGUGCUCGCGCCUCCGCCCGCCGCGCCUCCGCCGAAGCCUACGACAGCGCAGGAAUACCUGCAGCUGGGUAUCAAGCACCACGAAGAGAACCGGUUAGUAGAGUCCGCCGCGUGUUUUGAGAAGAGCGCGACGGCGGGCGGCGGAUGCAACGUAGGGAUGCUCAUGUGGGGGCUCGCGCAGCGGCAUGGCUGGGGCUGCGAGAAGAGCGAGCGCGCAGGGUUCCGCUGGCUGCGACGCGCAGCAGAGGCGGCCAUGGUCGAUUUGGAGGGGUCUAGGCAGGGCAUCAACAUCGGUGCUGUGAAGUCUGAGUUAGUUAUCGCGGUUUAUGAAGUGGGUCAAAGCUUUUAUCGAGGGUGGGGCGUGGAGAAGGAUAAGAAGAUGGGGGUGAGCUAUUUCCGCUUGGCGGCGCGCAUGGGAGAUCCGGAUGCUCAGCAGGAACUCGCUUUUUGUCUCGCCAAUGGGAAGGGGUGUAAGAAGGAUAUGCGAGAGGCAGCACAAUGGUACCGGGCAGCUGUCGCGCAAGGCGCGAGUGACAUUGGCCUCGCCUGGAUAUACAAGGAUAAAUACCAAUAA